CUUUGGCGGCACGAGUCAUGGCUGGACAGGCUUUCAGAAAGUUUCUCCCGCUCUUUGACAGAGUACUGGUUGAAAGGAGUGCCGCCGAAACCGUGACCAAAGGUGGCAUCAUGUUUCCGGAAAAGUCUCAAGGAAAAGUAUUGCAAGCCACAGUGGUGGCUGUGGGAUCAGGCGCCAAAGGCAAGGGUGGAGCAAUUCAGCCAGUCAGUGUGAAAGUCGGAGACAAAGUUCUCCCAGAAUACGGAGGCACCAAAGUAGUUCUAGACGACAAGGAUUACUUCUUAUUUAGAGAUGGUGACAUUCUUGGAAAGUAUGUGGAAUGAAAUCACUGUUGAAAUGGUGUCACAUGAAGCUGCCCAUUCCACUGACGGUCUGAACUAUUCAUCAUGUAAAUAAUUUCCAUGCCUCCCUUUUAUAAUAAACUGAUGAUGCCCAAACUAAUGACA